CUCUCUCCUCUCCUCCCAUUUUCUUGCACACUCUCUCUCUCUCUCUCUCUAAUCCUCGAGAAUCUGAGCAGAUCAAUCGAUUUAUUAAUUGAAAUUUCGGUUUGAAGAUUCGGUAUUUCGAAUCAGAUCUGUGGAGUCAAAGGUAACUGCUAAAGUAUUUUGCUUGAACGUAGCUAAAAUGGAGAAGGUUUAUGAAGAGCUAGAUGAAGUGAAAGCCGCGAACGAAAAGCUCAGAAUGGACUAUCGAAGCAAAACGGAGCUUCUUGACAAUCUAAAGAAGGUUCACAACGAGCAAUUAGUAGAAAUUCAAGAGGCAAGAUCGGUAAUUGAGAAGCAGGGUUUUGAAUCUGAGGAGAAAACCAGAGAAAUUUCUGAGUUGAAGCAAACAAACGAGGAUCUACAACGUUGUUUGAGAGAAAAGGAUUCUUUUCUCAAGAGUUUGAAAGAAGCCUAUGAUAAGCUUAGAGCUAAUGGGGAAGAUAAGUACCGGGAAUUUGAAGAGGAGAAAAGAAAGUUGAUGUCAGCUUUGGAUGAAGCAAGUGAGAAGAACAUUGACAUGGAGCAGAGAAACAAUGUCUACAGGGCUGAGAUUGAGGGGCUCAAAGGGCUUUUAGCAGCAGCAGAGAAGAAAAAGAUGGAAGUUGAGAAAACUGCCAAAGCUUUUAAAGAACUGAGAGGAAGAGAUGACGUAGUGAUUAAACUGGAAGAGGAAAAGACUCAAGUAGAAGAGAAGCUGAAAUGGAAGAUGGAGCAGUUUAAGCAUCUUGAGGAAGCAUACGAGAAGCUCCAAAAUGUGUUCAAAGCUAACAAGAAAGAGUGGGAGGAAGAAAAAUCAACGCUUCUAGAUGAAAUCUACUCUCUUCAGGCCAAGCUAGAUUCACAAACUAGGAUCUCAGAGGAUCUUCAGAAGAAGCUACAGAUUUGUAACAGUGUGCUGACCCAAGAAGAGACCCGACGGAAACAUUUUGAAAUCCAAGUUUCUGAAUUCAAAGCUAAAUACGAAGAUGCUUUUGCAGAAUACCAAGAUGCAAGAACACAACUUGAUGAUUUGGCUGGCAAAAGAGAUGAGGAAGUUGCAGAGUUGAGACACUCCUUGAGCACGAAAGAGGCAUAUUUUAAGGAGAUGAAGUAUGAGAAUGGAAAACUCGAACAGGAAAACCGGGAGUUGCUGCUUUCACUGAAAGAGCUCCAAGAAGCUACAAUUCAGGGAUCAGGAAACUCUGCACUAUCAAAGCUGAAAAACAAGUUUCGGAACUUGGAAAACUUGCACAAGAACUGUUCAGCUAAUUUAAGGGUUAAAGAAGCUGAAUGGAGCUCUCAACUGGAGAAGAUGGCUGAAGAGACAAAUGAUUAUAAGUUGCAGUUGCAAAGUAAGGAGGCAGCACUGAAAGUGGUUGAGUUGGAACUUGAAAACUGUCAUUCUUCGACAGCUAAAAUGAGACUACAGUAUGAAGAGAUCUCAGUUAUGUUUUUAGUGCUAAGUAGAACAGUCUCCGAGGCUCAGUCAAGGCUUGCAAAUGUCAAGGAUGAGCAAAUCAAGGAUGAGAAAAGAGAAGACAAAAGCUAUUCCCUAUUGAUUGAGCAGCUAGAACAAAAGAAUGCUGCCCUAGCCAAGGCGCAUAUAGAGAUCGAAGAAGAACGUGGAAGGGUCGCGUGCUUGCUGAAAAGAAUUGAAGGGCUGGAUCAUCUUGAAGAACAGAAUCUUCAGAUGCAGAAAGCGGUAGAGAGGUACAAAGAAACAGUUGAGGAAUCAUCUAGAUUCCAAACUCAGAUGAAAGAAAAAAUGAAAGAGGCUGAAAAUGAUUAUGAAGAGAAACUUAUGAAAGUCUGUGAUGCACUUGACAACACAAACUCGGACCUGGUCGCUGAACGUGAGAAGGUGGUGGGUUUAACAAGGCAGAUUGAGUCCUUCGGUAUUGUCAAAGAGAAGAAUUUCAUGAUGGAGAAAGAAAUUCAGAAGUAUAAGGAGAUGCUGGAGGAAUCAGACAAGUGGCGGUUGCUUUUAGAAGACCAGAUUUCGCAGCAUGAAAGUGAUUCCAAGGAGAAUAUUAGAGCGCUUUGCAGCAAGGUGGACAUUGCAUAUGCCAAGUUAGCGGAAGAGGUUGAGAAGAAUGUCUCAUUGAUAAGAAAAACUGAGUCCAUUGAUCGAAACGAAGAGCAUAGGCAAAGGGAGCUUGACAGUUACAAGGAGAUGCUUGAGGAGGCAACCAAGAGUCAACUUCUCUUACAAGAGAAAGUUGUAGAGGUGGAAAACGACUCAAAAAGGAAACUUGCUGAUGUUUCUGAGGCCCUAGAAACAGCAAACUGUGAACUGUCUGAUAAAACCUCCGAAGCGUACCAGCUUGAAUUCCAACUAUGGGUCUGGAAAUCUAUUGCUAAAAGGCUGAAAGUCGAACUCGAGCAAAACCAGAACCUGCGCAAAAGAGUAGAAGCUUCUCUUCUUGAACAAUCUUUGCUGCUGGAACAGAAGCAAAACGAGGCUAAUAUGGUUCACAAAGCAUGGGAGAAACUCGCUGCUAGUAACAUUCUUACCGAGGUAGAAAUUGAGGCGAAAAAGUUGAUGAUCGUAGAGCUUGAAGGGGAAGUCUCUAGUAUCAGCCAGAAAUUCGAAACCUUGGAAAAUUCUGUUUCUUGUUUCAGAGAAGAAGCAAGCAAGUUAGAAGCUGAAUUGGAAACUAAGCAGAGAGAGUUAAAGGAAGUAAUUACACAAAUGCAGGAAAAGCAAAGAACUUCAGAAGCGGAAAAGACAGAGUUGGUUACACAAGUCUCGAAUUUGUCAUCAGAAAGACAAAAUCUUCUGUCUUUUAUCAGCGAACUGGAGAAUGGAAUGUCGAAGCUGUGUGAUGAAGAGUCUUCGUUUUCGGUUUGCCAUGCCAAUAGUAUAUUAGUAUAAUUAAAAAAAAAACUUAAAAAAAAAACUAAAUUAGAGUACCUUAUUU